GGUUUUGCCUGAGAACCUGGUCACGCCCUAACAGGAAAGGGGUGUGUUUGCAGGAAUGAGAGAGUCAAAAUAGAAACUGGCCAGACUGGUGCAACAGUGAAACCAGUCUGUUCUGAAGCUCAGAGUCAAAAACAAUGUUAGCUGUAAUCCUGCUUGUGGCUGUUGUUUUAGGAGUCUCUUACACUUUUCAUCAUUUUGUGGUGAAGGGACAAAAAUGCAUGAGCAAAGCGAAGCUGCAUGGGAAAACUGUGAUAGUGACCGGCAGCAACACUGGCAUCGGGAAGACCACAGCCAUAGACCUGGCUAAAAGAGGAGCCAGGGUUAUUCUGGCCUGUCGCUGUAAGCAGAGAGGAGAGACCGCUCUCCAGGAGGUCAGAAAUGAGAGUGGCAGUAACCAGGUGGUCUUCAUGCAGCUGGAUCUGGGGAGCCUUAAAUCUGUUCGCAGUUUCGCAGAAACUUUCCUGAAGUCUGAACCCAGACUGGACAUCCUGAUCAACAACGCAGGUAUAUGCAUGCAGGGUCAAACAGAAGAUGGGUUUGGACUCAUGUUUGGUGUCAACCAUCUUGGUCACUUCCUGUUAACCAACCUGUUGUUGGAUCGACUGAAGGAGUGUGGACCCAGCAGGAUUGUAAAUGUGUCGUCCAUGGCUCACAACUUUGGAAAAAUCGACUUUGACUGCCUGAACUCCCACAAAACUCUGGGGUUUGGGACAUCAUCCUAUCGGGUUUUCCAAGUUUACUGUGACAGCAAGCUGUGCAACGUUCUCUUCAACCAUGAGCUGGCCAAGAGGCUGCAGGGGACCAGUGUUACCUGCUACACCCUUCACCCAGGAGCAAUCAGCUCUGAUCUGGGCAGGAACACAAGCUCAGUCUUACAUGUCGUCCUGAAGCCUGUCACCACAUUCUUCUUCAAGAACACCAUCCAGGGCUGUCAGACCACCCUGCACUGUGCUCUGCAGGAGGGCAUCGAACAUCUCAGCGGGCGGUACUUCUCCAACUGCACUGUGAGAGAACUCUACGCUAAAGCCAAGGAUGAUGCUGCAGCUAAGAAGCUGUGGGAGAUCAGUGAGAGGUUCUGUGGCCUUCCAUGAAAACGCCCCUGAUCCUGACUCCUCAUCCUUUCUGAAGGGCUUAAUGUGGGCAGGUGACUCACCUGACUGAACACUUCAGCUCAACAUUAAACAAUAAUGUAGGGUUAUGAUUUGAAAAGUAUUACAGUAAAUCCACUUAUAAUGAUCAAACAGGAGACUCUGUCUUUCUAAACCACUUUGAUGCUAAGGUUUUUACACCAGUGUUCAGAUUUCUCUUAAAUGUGAACUUGUUGAUGAAACAUUUUAUGUAUCAGCUGUUAUGUGUUUUAACUGAUCAAGUGUAAUAAAAGUCCAGACAGUUGUGUUUUUUUUAACAAUA